GUACAUAGCAAAAAAUUAGAAUCACUUUUCAAACUUAAUCAAAUUGGGAAUAAGAAAUAAAAAUAUAAUCAGCAUCCAGAUAGUAAUGGAUAAAGUUAUUGAAAUAUGCUUAUUUGGGUUUUAUUCUCUAUAUGCAAAAUAUAAAGAGAUAUUUUUUGAUUUUGCAGCAUGUUGUUUUAUGAGAGCUACUCAAAUAAGAUAAAUAUUAGAAAAGAGAUGAGCAGAACCUACAAAUAAAGAGUGGAAAAUGUUUAAAGAAUGCCUGAUUUACCACCAAAUGAACUCUGUUCUUGAAAAAUAUUGCAUUCGGAUUGCGUUACGCACCAUAUUGUUGUGCGGUGUACUGUUCAAUUAAAUCUGUUCUGGUUUUAAAUAUAGUUGGACAGUCUUAGUUCAUCUAACAGAGCUUGGCUGUUUCAUCUGCUGUAGUGUAAUGAGUCGAGUGAAGAAACCUUCAGUAGUUUUGUUUGUUGUGUUGUUUAAUAACAUUUGAGCAAAUUUCACUCAAAAGUUAAAAUCAUUUCUUAGAGAAUUUAUUUAUUACCAGUACAUUAAAACAUCAGUUUAUAUUUUCCUAAACCUUUGUUGAUAAGAGUCCAGACAUCAGAAAUAUCAGUCUACUCAUGUUUUUUAUAUAAUAGAAAAUAACCAUGUAUUAUGGAGGUGAAGUUUCCUACUUUGUAGGAAUUCUGUGAAAUUAAAAUGCACAAACCAGAAGCAAUAAUACCCAACAAAUGAAGAGGGGCCACUCUUCAAAGAACAAAUAUUUAUUUUCAUUUUUACCUGCACAUUUAUGAGGAAGAAACAGCGAUACGGAUGUUGCUGAAGAUCUUUCAGUGGGAGUCUGGAUCAUCACUCAGCUCAGGCCCUGAGUGGGCUGACACAACCGGUUCUGCCCACUCAACACUAAACAGUGUCAGACGGGCAUCGAGGGGGCUAUAUUUCAUGCCAGCCUUUUUGUGUCCGCCCCUUUUAAGUUAAACCCCUCCCCUUUACACUCUUUUACACAUUAGAAAGAGUACAAUUGAUCUUAUCACCCUAGUGUGGCAGCUGAGCUGCCCGUCCACACACAGAUGAAUGAAGACCCCAUUUGGGAAGAACACAGCCCAGAGAGCCAGACCUGAUACAGGGCAUGCUGGUGUCUCUGCAAAUAUGAUGAAGAAGAAGAAUUCUCAUAAGAAACACAAAACCACCGUAGGGCCGACUAAAGCUGUGGCGCAGCCCAGACGGAAUAUAGUGGGCUGUCGUAUCCAACACAUCUGGAAGGAGGGCAGCGGUGCGGCGUCGCAGUGGAAAGGAACGGUUUUAGAUCAGGUGCCCGUCAACCCGUCGCUCUAUCUGAUUAAAUACGACGGCUUUGACUGCGUCUACGGCCUGGAGCUGCACAAAGAUGAGAGGGUGCAAGGCCUGGAGGUCCUACCAGACAGACUAGCAUCGACACGCAUCAGCGACGCCCACCUGGCUGACACUAUGAUAGGUAAAGCCGUGGAGCACAUGUUCGAGACGGAGGACGGCACUAAGAACGAGUGGAGAGGCAUGGUCCUGGCCCGAGCGCCCAUCAUGAACACAUGGUUUUAUAUCACAUAUGAGAAAGACCCUGUCCUUUACAUGUACCAGCUGCUGGACGACUAUAAAGAUGGAGAUUUGAGGAUCAUGCCAGACUCCAAUGAUUCUCCCCCAGCGGAGCGUGAGCCGGGGGAAGUCGUGGACAGCCUCGUCGGGAAGCAGGUGGAAUACGCCAAAGAGGACGGCUCUAAACGAACUGGCAUGGUUAUCCAUCAGGUGGAAGCCAAACCAUCCGUCUACUUCAUUAAGUUCGAUGACGACUUUCACAUUUACGUCUAUGACCUGGUGAAAACAUCGUAGGCGGCGAAACGUUUGCGGGGAAAGGGGAGGAAUCUCACGUACCAUGUGAUCCACAAACUUUGCCAAAACUUAUCUCGGACAUUUCUCGUAACAUCUCUUGGAAAUGGAAUUAUGGAUAUUUCCGUGGAACUUUGGAUUACCACUAUGGUCGAUGAACGAAUAGCAGGACUUCACAUCCCCCAACAUACACGUAGCUUAACAUUCGGAGGUCCGCCUCAAGCGUUUCCCGUUCCUGUUGGUACCAGUGCGUAUUAUGAAGACACAUCAUUUUCAUCAUAAAACCAGAGGUUUGAUUCACUCAUGUUUGUCUGGUGAAAAUCUGGGAUGCGUUGGGGUUUCCGAUGCAAGUCUCUACGUGCCGAAAUCAAGCUAGUAGCAAGUUUUUCAUUGGCUUAUUGGGUCCGUUAUGGGGAGAAAUCAAAAAUGCGUUGGUUGAAUAAUUCAAGAGACGUCUGGGAUGUCUUAAAGCAUGUGCUGCUGUGUGUAUUAGUGCCAGGAGAUGAAGGGCAGAAAGCUGGCAGCCUGAGGAAAUCGUCCUCUUGUCUGUAAACAAGCCAGACUAGAGCCGGACAAUCUGUCGUGCAACAGAAUCAAAUGUCCUUGAUGCCUUUGCAGUUAUUGCGCGACUGCCGAUAAGAAGGUUGCCAGAUAUGUUUAGUUUAAGCCCUUCUAUCUUCUAGAACUUAUGGUUACCCCUGCCAGAGAGAACUGCGUACACGGGCGCCGCUAACGUUUGUGGAUGAAACCCCAGCGUCUUGUAUUAUUUUUAUUAUCAUCAUUUUUACGUUUUGUAUCAUCACCACUCGUAAACGCUAAUGCAGCUCUUGUUAUCAUAAGCACUAAAUUUUCAAAAUCUGAGAAGCGCUUAUUCAGUUCUCGUGUUCGUUUUGACUGAAUUACCACCAUUUUUGUAACUGAAUGUUAAUAUGUAAACAUUUUGAGUUUCAUUUCACUUCGUGGGCUUCAUUACGUGUAUGAAGAAUGCCCGUUAGUUAUUAUGACAAUUUCAGAUAGGUUUGCAAAUUCUCUUGGGUAUUAUCGCAGAAGAAUGGGUUCAUUGUCUUUCAGCGACAGAUUUUGGCUCGUACUGCAUUCUGGUGGACGGUUACCCAAUUCCCCAAAGUAUUUAGUGAUGCUGCACAUAUUGCACAAAGUGCUGCAUCCUGAAGAGGUGACGUUAGAUAGCUGAUGCAAUAACAGAAAAGUAUUUAGGAAUUUUGUUGCAAACUCUUCUUCACCCUGUUUUUAUGUGACUUACUGUAUCUAUCAGCCUUUGGGAGAUUUACUGUCUCAGAUUCUCUGUUCAGAGCCUCGACGUUUGUGCCUCGACAUUUUUCCGGUUCUUGUAUCUUUUUUUAACUCUGUGUUUUGUCUGUAAAUGGUUUGUAUGUUUUUAUUGGACUCGAUUCCCCCCACUUUUAAGAAAUGUUACAGUUGAAAGAAACCCAUGCCAUGCAUCUGUUUUUCAUUAAGUUUUUUGUAUUUUAACACUUAAGACACGUGAUGCUGUUCUGUUGUCUUUAAGCGGAAGGUCAGACAGCAAGCCGGUUUUCUGUUUUUGAUGUGAGAUGGGUCCUAAUUCAAUUUGGGAUCAACCACAAAAUAUACUUUGCAUGAAGCCUAUUUGCAUAAUCUUUAUAGGGCUGCAUAACGAUUAAUCAUGAUUAAUCGUUUGCAGAAUAAAAGUUUUUGUUUACAUCAUAGAUGUAUAUAAGAAAUAUAUUAUAUUUAUAAAUAUAAAUUAAGUUUAAAUGCUUAAUAUAUAAAUAUAUACAUUAUUAUUAUUAUUAUUAUUAUUAUUAUUAUUAUUAUACACACACAUGAUGUAAACAAAAACUCUUUUGGCAAACGAUUAGUUGCGAUUAAUCGUUACGCAGCCCUAUGAUUUUGUACAUUGUGGCAUCAUUUUCAUCACAGUUGAGCACAGAUUCUCAUUUUACUGUAACAUGCAAAUAAUUGUGUUUUUGUUACUGUAACACAUUUUAGCAAUUAUCUAUUCAAUUCAGUACAAAUAUGUCCGUGAUGUGUACUCAAUAGUACUUACAAUAUAAGUAAGAAACUAAACGUGCUCAAUUGCCAUGAAAUCUACAAAUAGGAUUUAUACUUUCUAUGCAAAAUAUAUUUUGGGGUGUGUGUGAAUUCAGUAUUUGUUAAUGGUUUUGAUGAGUUACCCAGCGUCCUUUGCUCGUCUUAUGUUUAAGUUGUUUGUGAUUCACUAUCUUAGUUUCGACCUUGAAUCUUGAAUGCAGGCGGCCUGCUCGGCUUACCAAAAAAACAGCAACAGUGGUCAUCAGAUGAAGUGACCUCAGCUACAGUACCGUGCUGUAAAUCAGGACUGUUGGUCUAAAUUUAAAAUGUAAGCUAGGUCACUAUUAAGAGGCGAACUUGUCUCUUACAGCAGUAUGCAUCUUCACUACAUCUACAUAUGUACUUACCAAAUCUUCAUUGGUAGGCUCGUGUCUUAAUCAAAAUGGAAAACGGACGUGUCAAUAUGCAAAUGGUAAAUCUUAGAAAAGACAUAUUCAAGGAUUGGCCUUUUACAUGUACCUACUGUAGUAUUGUACUGUGUUUUGAUGUCAGGUCGACGUGGGAAUUUAAAAAGAUAAACAAUAUGACAAUUAGACCGUUCUUUUUGCAUGAUAUGAGUAGAGUUGUUAUCGUAUGUUAGUGUGAUGCAUGUGUACUUGUCUUUUUUUAUUUUUGUUGAAAGUUUAUGUUUAUUGUGUUGCUAAUUGUGACAUUUCUGUUCUGGUUUUGAAUCCAUUUAAAAGAAAAACAAAAGGUUAAACGAUGUAUUUUAUUUUCUAAUCUAUAAGAUCAAAUGCACUGGUGUUGUAGUGUGUGGCGUGCCAAUAGAGAGGCAAGGUACCAGUGUUAAACAGCAUUUAAGGGAUCAUAUCCUUAUUUGAGACACAGUACUUCUGUUCUGCUACAGGACAAAUGAGUUUGUUUCUAUGAAGAGUGCCAUAUUUAACAAAGAAACAGCCUUACGUGAUUCGGACGAAGUGAAAUGUGAUGUGGGCUAUGACGUGUGCAUGUUUGAAAUAUAACAUAUCGAUCUUGUAGAUAUCGAAAUAACAGAUGGUCUUCUAUCAAUGCACACUGUUGGCUAUGUGGAGAGAAUUGAGCGUAUGCUCCCUUUAAGAUGCUGUUGCUCCUCAGUUACUUUGUAUAAAAAAAAGACGCAGUGCAAUUUGAUUGUUGCAGAUACAUGUACAGUUCAAUUUUCCUGUUCUUUCACGCAUAGGUAACCGGCCGAAUCUGUUUCUCGUCCUUUUUUAACAUGUAGAUAGUUCAUUUUAUUUUCAUUUCAAGUAUAAACACAUUUUAAAACCUGUUACUUAAUUCAUUAAGUAAUUUUUAUAAUUAUAUGUAAGUCUAUCCUUAUAAAGAUUAAAAAACUUAAUGUGAA